AUGAAAGUCAUUCCUAUCCAAGCACGAUCCGAUAAUUGGAUGUACCUCCUUAUCGAUUCGUCCAAGCAGGCUGCCGUGGUCGAUCCAUACGAUGCUGGCAAGAUAUCCACCGCGGCUAAAGAGCAUGGUGUGGAAGUGACGAGUCUGAUCACGACUCAUCAUCAUAAUGAUCAUUCCGGUGGAAAUUCGAAAUUCCUCUCCCUCCAUCCUGGCCUCAAAGCCUAUGCAGGAUCAAAUCAGAGUCCUGGAACGAACGUAUUAGUGAAAGAGGGAGAUACGUUCAAGAUAGGACAAGAUAUCGAUGUCAAAUGCUAUCAUACACCUUGUCAUACUCAGGAUUCGAUCUGUUUUUAUGUGGAGGAUAAGAAAACUGGCGAGAAAGGUGUAUUCACCGGCGAUACACUGUUCUUAGCUGGAUGUGGACGAUUUUUCGAAGGUACCCCCGAAGAGAUGCAUGCUGCACUAACCAAACUAUCCAAAUUACCUGACGAUACAUUAGUAUUCAACGGUCAUGAGUAUACCAAAGGAAGCGCAAAGUUUGGAUUGACCGUCGAACCUGAUAAUGAAGCUUUGAAAGGAUUGUUGAAGAAGGCUGAGAACGAUAAUUGCACCACUGGUAAAUCGACUAUUGGAGAUGAGAAGGGAUGGAAUGUAUUUAUGAGACUUGAUAGACCCGAAGCACGGAAAGCUACGGGUGAAUCUGAUCCGGUGAAGAUAAUGGGUAAAUUGAGAGAGAUGAAGAAUGCCAUGUGA